AUGAAGUUCAAGAGUACGCGGGGAGGGUCCGAGGUGCUGACCUUUGAGGAGGCGGUGCUGCGGGGGUAUGCGCCAGACGGUGGCAUGAUCGUGCCAGCCACGAUUCCCUGCAUCGAACGCGGCACCCUGCGCCAGUGGGCCGCCCGUAAUCUCACCUUUCCGCAACUAUGUGAGGAAAUCUUCGCGCUCUUCAUUGACGAAGAGGAGAUGCCGCGAGCCGAUCUUCGCGCGCUCCUCCAGUCCUGCUUCGGGGAGUUCACAGAUGACGAGAUUGUACCCAUCAAGCACCUCGCCCCUCGGCACGCAACUGAAGCUGGCAGCGGGUUUGAGUUUGAUGUUGCGGAGCUGUUUCACGGUCCCACGCUGGCAUUCAAGGACCUCGGGCUGCAGUUCAUCGGGCACAUGUUCGAGUACCUCGUACGCAAGCGACAGCGCAAGCUCUCCAUCAUCGUCGCCACCAGCGGUGACACCGGGAGUGCCGCCAUCCACUGCGUGAAGGGCCGCCAGAACAUGAACAUCUUUGUGCUGCUGCCCGGCCAAGGCAGGAUAGCUGAACUUCAGGAACGUCAAAUGACGACCGUGCUCGACAAGAAUGUGUUCUCCAUCGCCGUGGACGGCACCUCUGACGAUGCCGAUGUGGCAGUCAAAGGCGUGUUUGCGGACCCAGAGUUCGUGGAGAAGUACGGCGUGUGCACCAUCAAUUCGCCCAACUGGGCUCGCAUCAUGAUGCAGCUCGUCCAUUUCUUCUACGCCUACCUCCGCGUCUGCCCGGAGUGUGACCGCGAAAUCGUGUUCUCGAUUCCCUCGGGCGGCUUCGGCAACGGCUUCUCGGGCUACCUGACCAAGCGCAUGGGCCUCCCCGUCAAGUACUUCAUCCCGGCCGUCAACGACAAUGACACCCUCCACCGAUUCUUUGCCCAUGGCGAGUUGGCACCCUCUGACGUCGUGGUUAAGACCAUUAGCCCCGCCAUGGAUAUCAAUGUGCCGUACAAUAUCGAAAGGCUUCUCUACUACCUCUCGGGCGAGAACGCGGAGAAGGUCCGCGAGUGGAUGACCCACCUCGAGCAAUCGCCGAACGGGAAGGUCAAAUUUGACGAGGAGCUCAUGGCCAAGGCACGAGCUCUGUAUCGAUCGGCGUCGGCCACACAGCAAGAAGUGAAGGCCGGCAUCGAAUUCAGCCAUCGCAUUUACGACUACGUCUUCUGUCCGCACACGGCCAUCGCCUUCCUGGCCGCCCAGAAGGCCCACCAACAGGGCGAGGAGGCGCCCAUCGUGGUGGCGGCGACGGCUCACCCGGCCAAGUUCGUGGACACAGUCGAGGAGGUCUUGCGGAAGGUCAAUGCGGACUACAGCCUCCCGGUGCCGCCGCAGCUGGCCGGCAUCCGUGAGCGGGAGACGCGGUGCCUCCAGUGGGCGCGCCCAGCAGACUGGGCCGACGUAUGGACCCGCGACCUCCAGUCGCUCGUGACCUUGUCCUACCAGUCCGGGUAA